CUCCGGCCUCCCGGGGCUGCGGUGCCGCUCGCUCGGCAGCGCCUUCGCCGUCCUCCCGCCGGACGAGGUGUUAUAAUUUCAAGAAAUGCUGCGACAUAUUUGAAGAACAACACUCACAGAAACUUCUGCUGUGUGAAAAUUUUUAAAACUAGAAUGGCCUUGAAAAAGACACCUAAACUAUUUAAGACAUUUUUUCACUGGAAACUUUGGAAGUUUAGCAUUAUUGUAUUUGUCUUUCUGGUAUUUUUAUUUUUAUUACAAAGAGAAGUGGGUGUUCAAGAUUUUAAGGAUGAAGCAGGGAUUGAGCCAGUUGUUGGAAAGAAAAGUCACGUAUUAGGUCUUGUGUUAAAUGCUAUGAACAAUAUCAAAGGUGCAAAGCCCAAAAUGCAGAUAAAAGCACCCAUUAGGCAAACUAAGGUUCCUGGAGAGAGACACUGCUUGCCAGGGCACUAUACUCCAGUGGAACUGAAGCCCUUUCUGGAUCGGCCUCUUCAAGAUCCUAAUGCUCCUGGAGCUUCUGGCAAAGCAUUUAAAACCAUCAACCUGAGUUCAGAAGAACAGAAAGAAAAACAGGCUGGAGAAGAGAAACACUGUUUUAAUGCAUUUGCAAGUGAUAGGAUUUCUUUACACCGAGAUCUUGGACCAGACACUCGACCUCCUGAAUGUAUUGAACAAAAGUUUAAGCGCUGCCCGCCGUUGCCAACCACAAGCAUUGUCAUCGUUUUCCAUAAUGAGGCAUGGUCAACUCUGCUCAGAACUGUGCACAGUGUGAUGUACACAUCCCCUGCCAUCCUGCUGAAAGAGAUUAUUUUGGUGGAUGAUGCCAGUGUAGAUGAAUACCUGCAUGAUAAACUAGAAGAAUAUGUGAAACAGUUUCAGAUAGUUAAAGUAGUCCGUCAGAAGGAAAGAAAAGGUCUGAUCACUGCACGGUUGUUGGGAGCUUCAGUAGCAACAGGAGAGACCCUCACCUUCCUGGAUGCUCACUGUGAAUGCUUUUAUGGCUGGUUAGAGCCAUUAUUGGCAAGAAUAGCUGAGAAUCCUGUUGCUGUUGUAAGCCCUGACAUUGCUUCUAUCGAUCUCAAUACCUUUGAAUUCAGUAAACCAUCUCCUUAUGGGCAUAGCCACAACAGAGGAAAUUUCGAUUGGAGUUUGUCAUUUGGAUGGGAGUCUCUUCCUAAACAUGAGAAUAAAAGAAGAAAGGAUGAAACCUAUCCAAUUAGAACACCUACUUUUGCUGGAGGUCUCUUUUCAAUAUCAAAAGAGUACUUUGAACACAUUGGAAGCUAUGAUGAAGAAAUGGAAAUAUGGGGAGGUGAAAAUAUAGAAAUGUCUUUCAGAGUAUGGCAGUGUGGUGGACAGUUGGAGAUCAUGCCUUGCUCUGUUGUUGGCCAUGUCUUUCGCAGCAAGAGUCCCCAUACUUUCCCAAAAGGUACUCAGGUGAUCACACGUAACCAAGUUCGCCUUGCAGAAGUGUGGAUGGAUGAAUAUAAAGAAAUAUUUUACCGAAGAAACACAGAGGCAGCAAAAAUUGUGAAACAAAAAACAUUUGGAGAUAUAUCAAAAAGACUUGCUUUAAGGCAGCGCCUGCAGUGUAAAAAUUUUACCUGGUACCUCACUAAUGUUUAUCCAGAAGCAUAUGUGCCAGACCUGAAUCCUUUGUUUUCUGGAUAUUUAAAAAAUAUAGGUAACCGCAUGUGUCUGGAUGUUGGUGAAAAUAACCAUGGUGGCAAACCGCUGAUUAUGUAUUCUUGUCAUGGACUUGGAGGAAACCAGUACUUUGAAUAUUCUGCACACCGCGAAAUUCGCCAUAACAUUCAGAAGGAGCUUUGUCUGCAUGCUUCCAAGGGACCUGUGCAGCUUCGAGAGUGCUCUUACAAAGGCCAGAAAACCUUUGCUGUUGGGGAGGAGCAGUGGCUGCACCAGAAGGAUCAAACUCUGUACAAUGAAGCACUACAUAUGUGCCUUACAGGGAAUGGAGAGCAUCCGAGUUUGGCAUCCUGUAAUCCAUUAGACCCCUUCCAGAAGUGGAUCUUUGGCCAGAAUGAUUAAUAUUUGAUAUUACAGGCCACAAGCAUUUUAUUAAAAGAAAAGAACCAUUCUGAACUGUGAUCAUAUGCAUAUACUGGAUUUUUUUGUGAUCGUUUAAAUGCAAAAUGUUUAAACAGUUUCUUUUCCCUCUUAAGCUGGAUAUAAAAUGUGUCAUAAGAGAUUCCCUGGGACUCUGGUAUACCAAAGAUCAUUGGGAUCCUGGUUAUAUUUUGUUUACAAUAUUUCUAUGAUAAGACUUUAUAUGUUGACCACUGAUUUAUGGAUCCUGUUCGUUCUCUUACCUUAGGGGCCGUAUGUGGGGGUUUUUUUGACAUACUGUAAGUACUUCUGAAGAAGACUAAUUUUCUCUGUAGUGUCGUGAGAAAUUAUUGUCUGCUGUCUAAAACCCAGUACACUUUAUAUGUAUGUUUUUAUGCUCAAAUGGCUGACUUUAUUUUUUAUUAUAAUUUACUUAGUAAAACUUUCUCAAUAUUUUUUUAGUUUCUUCACUUAAAAAAUUAGACCAUCAGGUCAAAGCCAAAUAGGAUACCACAUUGUGCUCAGCUUCUAGGAAGUCAGUUGUUUUUUAGAAGAAAAAUGUAAUUUCACUAAAAUAUGUAUUUAUGAUUAUUUUAAUGGAAAAUCUGCUUAUUUUGAUACUAAUCUUUUGUUUAGCCAAAACUUCUUGUAUAGGUUUUUUUAUAUUUCAUGCACUUAAAAAAUUAUUAUAAAGUUUUAUUGUGGUAGGCUGCUGAGCUGCUUAACAUUCACACAUUUUUUCAGCAUUCUGUUCAUUACUGUUUGUAAAUUACAUGUUAUCUAGUAAACUUCUGCCCCUACCUUCUAGUGUUUUAUGCAAUAUUUACCUCAGAGGUUUCUAAUGCUAUCCAUAUGUAAUUUCUUGUGCCAACACUUGCAUAUUAAUUUUUUUUUCUUGUUUGUUUUCCCUGUUACAAAGGACUGGUCUCAGAUUUAUCAGUCUGAGUGAGACCUUGGCCUUCCUAACUAUUCUGCUAAUUAUAGAAAAGAAUAUAGCAUCACCAAAUAUAUAAUAUUAUUUUUAAAUUUAUAAAGUGAAGACAAAAGUAUUUGGCUGCAUGAUCAAAUAUAAAGCUGAGAAUAAAUUUGAAGGAGUGGGUAUUAAAGGCCAAAUAGCACAAAAAUACACUAAUAAUAAAUCUGUUCUUUUGUUGUAGUAAGUAAGUAAUAUCAUUACAGAUAAAUAUUAACUUAAGUCUGGCGGAUGAAUGGAUAAUGAUGUGGAGUUUUUUUUUUUACUUCUGUGGUGGGGAGAGAGCCUGUUUGUAAUUUAAUGGUACCUAGUUCUAUUUCUGAAUAAAAGCAAGUAAAAUUCUUUUCAGUACUUCUAAGUCAUCUAAAAGACAAAAAAGUAUAUAAGCAAGGACCAAUGACAAUUUGCCAGAAGCUUUAAUGCUAAUUUAUUUUUCAGGUUUGAUAAUGCCUUUGAGUCGUGUCUCAGCUUUUGUAAGGCUUUUGGACAACCUGCUGAGAGUAUCCCAGGAAAUUAAAGCUGUACAACUUAAAAUAACUUGAUACAGAGUGAACAGAAAUUGUUGAAAGACUGUACCAGGAAGGGUUAUUUAUGCCACCGAAACUGGAAGGUUGUGUAGAACAACACUGCACAAAGAUCUCCCUGCGUCCUCUGAUGAAUAUUUUAAUUUGGUAAUGGAAUGCAAAGCAUUAUUACUUCUGCAGAUCAAACCAAUAUUUGAAGGCCAGUACACACAUUUGAUAAAAUGGGGGAAUUGAGGAAGAAUGUAACACAGGCCAAUGAGAAAAUUGUUGAAUAUGAAUGGAGGAUGGGAGAUUACACAGAGAGCAACUGUGUUGUGCUGAACUUGGGUAUGGAAUGGAAACUCAGUGUCCGAGGAACCUGUUCUAGAAGACAAGGUAUUGAGUAUACCAGUUUAAAUGUACUUGUUCUUUUAGUUCUCAGUUCAUGUUAUAGAGAAAAUGCAUUAUUUUUAAUAUCAGUAAAGGAUCAUUUCUUCAUGCAACCUGUUUCUCUUAGAAGCUUGUCAUAUUGGGAUGUGCACAUAUGAAACAUCAUUUAGCUGCUCAUUUAUCAGUUGGGUUUUUGCCAUUUGUUUGGGGGUUUUUUAAUAGCUAACAUUUCAAACAGGGUAGAAUUUCAGUUGCAAGGAAACGAGUGUUCUGUUGCACUUGGAAGUAGGAACUUCUUCCUAAGCAAUGUAGAGAAGCUCCACUUUGUAUAUUUUGGGUUUCCUGCAGGUGUAGCAAUAUAUGUAGGGUUUUUUCACAGAGAUUAGGUAUAGCAAUUCACCUAGUUAUUAUAUUUUGUAUUUACUUCUAGAUAUAGAAAGGGAAAAUAAUUCUGUGAUUUAAAAAUGGUCUUUUAAAGAUUUUCCUUUUCAUUUUUUGAGACUUCUUUUCUGGUCUAACAUAGGUCACUAGUACAAAAUACAUAUUAGUAUUUUGGAUUAGUAUCAUAGUUCCUUAAACUGAGACAUCUUAGUCUGUAUUUUGCUGUACCUAGUACAGUAGUUGUCUUACUUGGACUCUCUACAACCUGCCAGAAAAGAGGGAAGCAGAUCUGUAAGCAGAGGAAAAUUUUAAAUUACUUUUUUUGUUCUGUUCUGUUUGAAGAUGUGAAACUAACUUUUAGGUCACAGUGGCUAUUACACUUCCUAAUAUUUGUGUGUGUACAUACAUACAUAGGCAUCAUAUAAUACUAGGAGAGCAAUAAGAGAUCUGUAAAUAUGACUAGAGGUUUACGAAGUUGGAUUUUGGGGAUUUUUUUUUUAGCUAAUAAAAAAGCAGCAUCAUCUUCUGGCUGUUGAUAAUGUUCUCUUGAAAGUGGCUGAAAGUUUUAAAUAAUUAGAAAGGCUUGCUGAACAGCAGUUUGUUGCAGGGGGAUUCUCUGGGUCUUUUAUGUCUUUUGGUGUUUUUUAAGCCAGUUUCAGUAAGGUUAUAAUGCCCGUCUCUGCCCCUGUGAAGGUGACAAAGGUGAAUGGUAUUCCAUACACAGCAUGUAAAAAUUGGUACUUCCAUCAGAUGGGUAUAUGAACUGCUGAAGGUUACUAGAACAGCUGGCAUCAGUGUUAACCUCCAUCUCACUGCUCUCUUACACAUCCAGGGAGUAAUCCCAAGUGCUGAAGAAGGCUUGACUUCAGGCCAGGCCAGCUGAGCCACGCUCCCAACAGGACAAAGCAGGUCCUAAACCUUUUGGGACUUCAGGGGUGGUGGCUCUGGGUGCCCUGCCUGUGAACAAGAGGUCCCUACUGGUUGCUUGUGGCUCCACUUGGUUAUGACACCUUUCACUGCAGUGGGAAUUUGCCAGCCCACCAUACCUGAGGAUUUUUUAUUUUUAUCACUUGUGGGAGUAAUUGCUGCUUUAGCAUGAGUACAGAAUAACGGGAGUACUAUUAACAGAUCAACCUACAAGGAACCUUAAGAGUUAAAUCUUCCUACUGCUGAAGGGGCAUCCUGGGAUCUUGAAUUAGAACCAGUGUUGAAAGAUGUUUUAUGUUUGAUUGGACCAGUAUGGCUUAGCAAGCCCUGGAGCAGCCCUUUUAGCCACAGUUCACAGCAAUGCCAAAAGCAGUCUAACAGCAAAUAUGGGACUCCCAAUGGAUUACAACCAAGGGAUACCCUAAUUCUUGUGAGAACUUUCUUAUAAUCUAGAGCACAACCUCUCAUCUUUAUAGGUUUUU